CUUGUUUUCUUUUCAUGAUGAACAGUGUUCGGUCAAGUAUAAGAAAAUUACCUCCAAAGGCUGUGAUCAAAAUACUUCGAAAAGUGUUUUCUUUACCAGCACCAGCAGCUCGAUUUAUUCUGAAUGAGAUCACAAAAGCAAGACCAUGUCAUCAAUCGUGGAUCUAUCGAGUCAAAGAACACGAUUGGUCUGGGUGUUGGAUAGGACAAGAUAUAGAGAACCAAGAUGUAUUCAAGCGUGUCCAAGAAGCUGAUGUUGUCUUAUUUUAUGUCCAUGGAGGCGGAUUUCGUAUUGGCAGUUGUACAAUGUAUAUGGAUACCAUGAUUGCCUGGAUCCAUGCACUCCAGAUGAAAUAUGGGUUAACAUGUAUGAUCAUGAGUAUUGACUACAGAUUAGCACCUGAAUAUCGAUAUCCAAGUCCAAUAGAGGAUGUGGUACGUGCUUAUGAACAUCUUGUUCAUACUUUGGGUAUCCACACAGAUAAGGUCAUUGCUAUAGGUGAUUCUGCAGGUGCUGCUCUUGUGCUUGAAAUGUUGUUUAUCACACAUGAUCCAAGCAUGUUUGACAUUGUCACUGAAAAAGAACAAGAGCAAGGUAAGGUGCGUGAAUUACCAAGACCAGCAGGGACUAUUUUGAUAUCGCCACUUGUGACAGACAAGACAGAUUCAGCAUCAUGGCAAAUCAAUCAGAAAUAUGACUAUAUUACAGAACAUACAGCCAAAGUGAUCAAACGAGACUAUUUUCCUACUUGCGAUAAAGAGGAAGAAGAGGAAGAACAACAUACGCUGGGUAUUGCUCAACUUCAGACUGGAUUCAAAGCAUUUCUAUCGCCAGAAGUAUUGAUGUACAUUGGUCAUCUGGAAGUAUUAAGGGAUGAUGCGAUCCAAUUGGCCGAGAAAGCAGAACAAGACCAUGUUGCUUGGCAAACAGUGAUAGAAGAAGAUGUUCAUGAUUGGUUUUGUGUGCGUGAAGUAGUCAAAGAUAAAGAGAUCCUUAAGCGAGCAGACAACAUAUUUGCUGAUUUCUGUUAUCGGGCCAUUGGUGGUCCUAUUCGAAAAGAAGCGUGUGACCAAAGAAUAAAAUAAAAAGAGGACGAAACACAUCAUCCUCCU